AAUGGCAAUGAAUCAUGGCACAUCAAUUUUGGUUGGAUCUAUUAUCUAUAUGGUUUUAGGAAUAGGUGCAUGUUUUGGAUUUAACACUUAUGUCACUAAAAAAACCAAGAAUCCUCAUGAUGUUCCUGAAAAUAGAACGUAAUAAUCAAUCUCAAUAUAGAAUCACCCUUGUAAGCGUGACUAUUGCUACAUUUUGUGCUUGGUUAAUGUGGGUUGUUGCAUAUAUGGCAUAAAUGAAUCCAAUAAUCACACCAGAAUGGGAAAACCAUUAACCUGCACCUAAAGAUUCAAGUUGAGUAUCG